CUGCCCUUCUCCCCUCUGUCCGACGGCGACCUGGCCUUCUUUGAGCGCGUAAUGCCGGGCAGAGUCAUCACAAACCCGGAGGAGCUGAAGCCGUUUAACGUGGACUGGCUGAAGUCAGUCCGAGGCUGUAGCAAGCUGAUGUUGAAGCCGCAGACAACAGCAGAGGUGUCUGAAGUUCUCAGGUACUGCUAUGAGAGGAACCUGGCAGUGAACCCACAGGGGGGUAACACAGGCCUUGUUGGGGGCAGCGUUCCUGUCUUUGAUGAGAUCAUUCUCUCCACUGUUCUCAUGAACCGGAUCAUCAGCUUUGACAAAGUGUCUGGAAUCCUCGUGUGCCAAGCUGGCUGCGUCUUAGAGAACCUCAACGAGUACUUGGAGGAGCAGGGGUUUAUCAUGCCGCUUGACUUGGGAGCGAAAGGCAGCUGCCACAUCGGUGGUAAUGUGGCCACAAAUGCUGGAGGCUUACGGCUCUUGAGAUACGGCUCUCUCCGAGGGACCGUGCUAGGACUGGAAGUGGUGCUGGCUGAUGGCUCAGCUCUGGACUGCUUGGCGUCUCUGCGCAAAGAUAACACGGGCUAUGAUUUGAAGCAGCUUUUCAUCGGAUCUGAGGGGACCUUGGGAGUUAUCACUGCUGUCUCCAUACUCUGUCCUCAGAAACCUAAGGCUGUGAAUCUGGCAUUCCUAGGGUGUCAGAGUUUCGCUAAGGUUCUGGAAACAUUUACAACUUCCAGAGCCAUGCUGGGAGAGAUCCUGUCAGCCUAUGAGUUCAUGGAUGAGAAGUGCAUGGAAUUGGUUGAGAGGCAUCUCAAGCUGUCCAGCCCAGUGACAGGCAGCCCUUUCUAUGUUUUAAUUGAAACUUCAGGCUCCAACUCAACCCAUGACGAAGAAAAAUUGAACAACUUCUUGGAGCAGGCCAUGACUUCUGGUUUGGUCACUGAUGGAACUGUGGCAACUGAUGAUAAGAAAAUAAAGGUGCUGUGGAGCCUGCGGGAGAGGAUCACAGAGGCCCUCACUCAUGAUGGCUAUGUCUACAAAUACGACAUCUCUCUCCCUGUGGGAAAGCUGUAUGAUCUUGUGACUGACACGAGGGCUCGGCUGGGCCAGAAGGCCAAAAAUGUGGUGGGCUACGGCCACUUGGGAGAUGGAAACUUGCACUUGAACGUCACAGCGGAGUCGUAUAGCCAUUCCCUGCUGGAUGCCAUCGAGCCGUUUGUGUAUGAGUGGACUGCAAGAUACAACGGCAGCAUCAGUGCAGAGCACGGACUGGGCUUCAAGAAAAAGCAGUUCAUUCGGUACAGCAAACCCAGUGAGGCAGUCUGUCUAAUGCAGCGUUUCAAAGCCAUGUUAGACCCCAAAGGGAUCCUCAAUCCGUACAAGACGCUGCCCUCCAGUUCCUGA